AUGUCUAAUAUGCAUAAUUUUGAUUCAGUUCCUGCUGAAGGAAACAAGGCGAUUGUAUUUCAGAAUUUGAAAACAAAGCUAUCAGGUUCACAAGCUGAUUUAGCCGAAGUAUAUCAAUUUCUAAUUCCAGAAUUUAGAAUAGGCACACUCGACGCGCUUGUCGUUAUUUCUGAUGAGCUUGUAAAAUAUGAUCAGUUUGUUGAGAGCGUAGCUUGGAAAAUAGUAGAUAUUCUUCGUAUUCUACUGAAGGGUGACAAAGAUAAAAUAUGUGCUAACCUAUUGGUGAACGAUAAAAGUAUUGAUCAGUAUUUGAACACAUUUCAAUGGGAUAUAAUGAAAUUUAGGGCCGAAAAAUCUCUUAAAGAAAUAGCAGAAAUACUUAAUGAGGAAGUAUCAUCAAUUGAUACGCUGAUGAAAGCGAAACUGGCAAAUUAUAAUCAGGUGAAAGGCAACCUUCAAGCUUUGGAGAGAAAACAAACUGGGAACCUGUCCGUUCGUAACUUGGCGGAUGUUGUUAAAAAAGAACAUUUUGUUUUGGAUUCAGAAUAUCUGGAAACUUUACUUGUUGCAGUUCCAAGGCAUUCAUGGCACUCCAGAUACGAAACACUAACUCAAUAUGUUGUACCACGCUCGUCUCAGAAAAUUGCUGAAGAUGAUGAGUAUGGAUUAUUUAAUGUGACGCUUUUUAAAAGAGUUUCUACCGACUUUGCUAAUAGAUGCCGAGAAGAAAAGUUUGUUUAUCGCGAUUUCAAAUAUAAUGAAGACGAAAUGGCUAAUCAGCGUAAAGAAUUUGAAGAAAUGGGUGCUACAGAAAAGGAAUUAUGGUCUGCUUUAUUGCGUUUGGCCAACACGAAUUUUGGCGAAGUUUUUGCAGCUUGGAUUCAUUUCAAAGCAAUGAGAGUGUAUGUAGAAUCCGUUCUUCGUUAUGGAUUACCUCCAGACUUCAUAGAAAUAUUAAAUAAUCAAUACGGAAAAUUUGGUGGUGCAUUAAGUCGAGAAACACAAAAGGACGAAAACAUUGAAGAAUAUCAAAAUCUAAUUGACAAGGAUUAUUAUCCAUAUGUGUGGUUUCAGAUCCAGUUCAAUGUUAAUAAGAUUGCAUCGUCAUAA